AUGUCUCCUUGGCUUGUCAAAGAAGAAGACCGUUAUAAAUACGGUCUUGACGAGCAGGAAGUCAUUGCUACCAACCAAAAAGCCGAAGAUGUCCUUGUUACAGCCGCUGUUCACAAAUCCCACAAUGAGCAAUAUAUUCAAUGUUUUGAGAAUGAGCUCCGUCUUCCGCUUAAGGAUUUCCUCAUCUCAUCACUUCCUAACUGUUCAUGGAUCUUGAACGUUCUCCAUCUCGGUUUCGGAGCAGAUAAAUGGGCUAACCCUAUCGUCAUUCAUGUUUGUAUUCAAACCCCUCAUUACUUCACAGAUAACAAGACUGCUGCUCUCGAAAUAGUACAAGGUAUGGAGAAGAUCAUCAAGGAGAAGUUAGAUGUUCAAAACCUUACAUGUAGCCAUGUUGCUUUUCCUGACCCAGAACGUCCAACUGAAAGAUACAAAUACAACGACGGAAUGGAACAGUUUCAGAUUUCGAUACCCGCAUUCAAGGAUCAUCAAGCAACUUUAGAAGCCAUGGAAUACACGCAGAAAUGUGCUACAAAUGAAUUCGAAAUUGCUGAAAAACGACAGGUGAUGUGUCCUGAAACGAACUUGUCCUGUCAAACACAAUCGAAGGAAGAGGAAGCGAUUCAUUGUUCAAGGCGGUUGAAACAAGCCCAGGACUACAGUAUUCAUGCUGGUUAUGUCUAUGCUGCUUCGGAGGAAUGGCGCACAGUUGCUACUUUCAAUGGAAUCCUCGACUGGGCUUUAAUUCGCAAUGCUUGUUUGCCUUUGUUUGAUUUCCUGAGAGUAUCUCAGAUCUCGGGAUUUAUCGAAAAAUUCGGAGACAAGUAUUGGUCACCAGAUGAACUUAAGGCUUUCACUGCAAAGUGUCAAGCCUUGCAGACUUCUAUGGCGUUCAAUGUCAAUCACCCAAAAUCGUUUCCACCUUUGAAUGAGAAUAGUAUCUACUUCAAAUCUUUAAGUCGAACAACGGGCUGGAAAGCAUGUGGAUUCAACUCUAUUCGAGCUGUUGUUCAUAAUCAGUUUUCAACAUCAGAUGAACACGUGUUCAUUGGUGGUGAUACACAAAAGGGAAAAGAAAAGAUAUCUGAUGGAGGCGAUUCUGGUGCCCUCAUUUGUAACCUUGAUGUUGACAUUAAGGGGCAAGCUGUCCUCAUACCCAUGGCUAUGAUUUGGGCAGGAAAUAAACACGGUUUUGAAGGCUUCAAGGUGAUGUUACGUUGCGCAAAUGUCAACAUAAAUGCCGUGGAUGGUCAUAUACGCACACCAUUGAAUCGCGCUGUCCAGCUGCGAUCAGUGACCAUCGCAAAGAUUCUUCUCGCUCAAGAGAACGUAGCUAUUGAUGUUAAAGAUGGCAAGGGCAAGACAGCAUUGGACUAUGCUCAAAUCUCGGAAGAAUGA